GUGUGUGGGGGGGGGGAGGUGAAAAGGUUGAAAGGUGCUGUAGGGAACGUGGCUUUCUGGACCCUCUGUCUCUGCUUCGCCGGCGCAAGCUCCCCUGGGUGGUGAACAGUGUGAUAGUAAACCGGAGACUGCACAGUUCUCAGCACAUACCUCGCCGGGUCGGUCACCCCUGAUAAAUACCAGUUGGUAGAAUUUUUUUUUUAAAGGUCCAGAGUUCAAGAAGUCCUGGCGAAAUGAUUAACGUGAAUAGAAUUAAGAUGCUCUGGUUUCAAGGAAAUAGCAUGCAACUUGCCAAAUACUCCUUUCAACUCCUCUUGAGAAAUCUCUCUUCUAAGACCCUUCUGCCCGUGCUGACCUUAUUUACAAAGGAUCCAUGCCCCCUUUGUGAUGAAGCCAAGGAAACACUGGAGCCUUAUAAAAACAGGAAGAACCAGAGCUUCCAGGAGCAAGGAAAGAAAGGCCUUCCCCUUCCACAGCUUCUAACCAGCACGAGGCUUCACACUGAUUCCAGAACAUCUACCCUACUGGCUUUAAAUGUCCCUUUCCUCCUUCACUCUCUGAUGGUGGUUCUCUUGAAAAUGAUCCCUCGCCAAUUGUGGAGUGAAGAUAGGUCCAUGUUCAAGGUUACGGAGAACUGUUGUUUAAAGGCCCCCCCGCAAGGGGCCUGUUUCCAUUGCUUACCUGCAAAGCCAGUGUUUGAACCUGUGAUGGAAGUCCCUUAGAGGACGUGUCUGCUGGGAUUCCUCCCACCCGAGACUGCUAUAAUUAGCUCUGCUAACAACUGUGAUUGAACAAGGCUUGUUGUAGUCAUUGUUCACUGACAGGCACAGAUAAGAGCCACAUCUCAGCAAGUGGUAUUCUAAAUGGUGUUUCCUGCUUGGUUAAACUCAUGUAUGGCACUUGUCAGGGAUGCUAUUCCCAAACUCCGCUAACAGCAGGCAGUGUCAUUGGCAACACCUUCUGGAGCCCAUGAAGAAGGCCAUAACAGAUUCCCAGGGAAUGCUGUGCCAUGCAGUGGAAGAGACUGUUUCUAUUUGACCUUGCCUAGGAUCUGGCUGACCCUCCUUCUUAUGGAAAACAUAGGCGUGGCCUUGCAUGAUUAAGGGAAGAGUCUUUGUCUUCCUGAUCCUGAAGACUCACACAUUUUCAGAUCUCUCCUAUAAGAACACUUGUAAAUGAAAGUUAUAAUAUGUGGUACAUGCAGCCUAUGCUUUUGUGAGACUGUGCUCUUAUUAGAAGCAAAACAAAAUGUGACUUAUGAACACCUGCCGGUAAGGACCAAGCCAAGAGGCAGCGUGGGUGUUGGAUGAGAGGUGUUGCCCUGGCAGUAAAUCCAAGUUGCUCACACCAAAGGAAAUGUUUCUAGGGAAGCUGUCUGAGCAAGAGGUAAAUACUUAGUCAUUCAGAGGAGGCCAUAAAUGAGUGUUUCUUCAACAAGGGAAGGUCUGAUUCCAAAGAGCUGAAAAAAUGGUUGGAUAGCAUUUCUCUCUUCCAUCUAUCCUUUUAUUCACAAUAUACAUUGUUAAGAAUUAAGAGUCUCUGUAAUCAAGAGAUUACACUUGCCACCUUGUUGGCAAGUUGUUAGAGAACUAUGAUUUGUCUGCUUGGUAUUAUUUCAAUAAUAGUUUUUGCAUUAUGAUUCUAAGUAACUAAUAAAAAAAGACCCAGGCCCUUGUAUGUUCUAAAAUACUGUGCUGUGUGUGUGUGUGUGUGUGUGUGUAUACAUACAUCCUGUGCCUUCCUACCUAUUCCCCAGGGCCACCAAGUUUUAAGAUUCGACUUCUUAUGCAUUUCCUUUCAUCUGUUUCCUUGUUUCAGUGUUCAACACUAUUGACACAGUUGAGGGCUCCAUCUUCUCUUGCCUAUGCAUUGCAAAAGCCCAGACUCUUUCAAUGGUCUCCCUUGCUCACUGGCUUCCCAACCCCAUCUCCCAUCUACCUUAUCACCACCUCCAAUUAUCCUUGCAAAUCAUGGGCCUGAUCCGACCACUCACCAACCCAUCAUGGCCCUCCAUUGCCUAUGAAAAUGAAGACCAAACCAUUCGGCAUAAAACCCUGCAUCUAGUCCCAUGUACUGCACCACUCAUCUAUCCUAAAUCCCGUCGAAUCCAGAUAAACUGCCCUUGCAUGAAAGCACUAGCACUUUGACUGUAUCUCUGAGCCUUGCCUCUCCUUUACAAAAUCACCCUUUUUGUUUCAACUCAACUGCCAUUUCCUCCAGGAAAUUUUCCACUCUUUCUUCCAAUCCAAAUUAAUCAAUCCACUCUCUCCUCCAAGUUUGUACAGCACCAGAUUUAUGUAUAUAUACACUUGAGAUAUAAUUUACAUACCACACAAUCCACUCAUUUAACGUAUACGAUUUAAUGAGGUUUUUUUUUUUUAGUAUAGUCACAGGGUUGUGUAUCCAUCAUUUUUAGAACAUUUUAAUCACCCCCCAAAGAAACCCUGUACCCAUUAAGAACCCCUCCCAUCUCACCCUCCUCCAGCCUUAGGCAAUCACUUUCUGUCUCUAUAGAUCUGCCUAGUCAGGAUAUUUCCUAUAACUGGAAUCAUAUAAUAUGUGGUUCUUUGGGACUGGCUUUUUUCACCUUAUAUAUUUUUUCAGAGUUCAUCCAUUUUUUGGCAUGUAUCAGUACUUCAUUCUAUUUUAUUGUUGAAUAAUAAUCUGAUGUAUGGAUAUACCAAGUUUUACUUAUUCAUUUUUCAAUUAAUGACAUCUGGAUUGUUUCAACUUUUUAGCAUUAUGAAUAAUGCCUCAUAUAUGCUUGAUUAUCAUUUAAUAUGUAUAGCUUACUAUUAUAGGGUUUUUGUUUGACCUGUGUCUGUUUUAUCAUAGGUUGUUGAUAAACUCCUGUGGACAAAGAACGUAAUUUCACUCUGUAAUCUACACAUGGCACAUAUUCAAUAAAUGUUUGAUGGAUGGGUGAAUGGGCAGAUAUUAGAGGUUUUUGCUGUUGAUUAUUAUACAAGGUACUCCAAAUAAGAAUAUUAGAGUAGAAUCAGCAAUAACCCAAGAAAAGACACAGUAAAUUUACCCAACAUAUUAUAACAAACAUGGGUGGUUCUUAAAUAACCUUUCAUCUCAGCCCUAUUUCCUGGAAUUCCAUACACAGAUACACAGCUGAGUCUUUCAGGGAGGUAGUUCCUUUGCUAGUAAUAGAUGUGAACUAGGUAGACAGAAGCCUGAAGAUGCUGAGUGUUUCCUCCUAAAUUUACUCCAUGGUGUCUUCUUGUUGCUCUUGGCUUGUCUGAGGUUAUUAUUGUAGUCUAGGACAGUGGCUGAGCAUCAGGAUCCCCUGUGAAGCUUUUACAAGAUACAAAUUAUCUGUGUCCCGCCUCCCUGAUUAUGAUUCUAUAGCUUGGGUAGGGGCCCAGGUGCUCACAUGUUCUAAAAGCUAUAAAGACAUUUCUGAUGCAUAGCCAGGUUCAAGAAUUCCUCCAUCAAAAGUUGCCCUGAGGUUAAAAAGAUUUAAUCCUAUAGAACAUGUAUGAGCACUUUAUUCCUAGAGAGUAUUUUACUCAUCCUGGGAUCAUGCCCAUUAAUACUACCUAAUGUUUAUAAAACACUUUUUAUUUGGAAAGAGCUUCGCAGUCAUCUUUUAUUAGCUAGGCUUGCACGCUGGGUGACCUUGUAUAAAUCUCAUAAUCCCUUUGUGUCUUAAACUUCCUCAAAUGUAAACUGUUGGCAGUAAUACUGAUCCACCCUCAAGAGAUAUUGUGGAGACUAAUGGGGGACUUGAAGGCAUUCAGCAAACAUAAAAAUGUUACAUGCAUACUUAUUAGACACAUAUGAAGUCCUAGUCACAGCCUUUUAAAAUGAAACAAAUACCAAAAUAAGCUCUAGCCUUUCCUCCAACCUUCAUCAUCAUCUCAAAGAUCCUUUCCCAACACCACAGUAUAGCAAUGCUCCCUUUCUGGCAAGACUAAUAAACUGACCUAAUCAAUAGUUAUAAAGACAGAGCGAAUCAUGGCCACAAAUACGUAAAACGGCCCUGAAAUAUACUUUGUUAACCUUCUCAUUUAUUGUUCAUAAUACAAUUUAGAGAUUCUAAAAAAUACUCUUCUGAAAAAUAUUCUUAGAAAAUAUUUGUGCAUGUUUACACAAGAUUUGAAGCUGAUGUUACAUCCUCAUUGUUGAUGUUAAGCCUGAAGGUGCUAUCUAGUUUGCUGGUUGUUUUUUACACAGCUAUAUUUAGCCUCUUCUCAUCUCUCCCACGUGGCCGAAAAAAUAUGUGGUCAAAAUGAGACUCUGAGACCUAGUUCAAGUUGGAGGUGGGUGAGAUUGGGAAGCAUAGGAAGAAUUUCCAACCUUGGAACCAGACAGGUCUUGUAAGGAUGAUGACCCACAACUAAGGGCUCAUUUGCAAUAUAUUUUCAGCUUCUUGGAAAAGGGAAUCAGAAAACAGACAGUUUUUCCUUGUUCCACUUGGCUUUGAAAGAGUCACAAAACUUUCAAGUGCCAGGUCCAAUUACAUAUUCCAAUUCAUUUCCAACUGAAUGGUUUCUGGGACUCUGAAUGGGAAUUAGUGCCCUCAUGCCCACCACUGCUGGUUUGAACUAUGAACUACACAAAUGUUCUGGGGACACCUGACCUUGACUAUGCUCUUUUCUCUUUGGGCUUCUGAGGGUUUGGUUGUAUUUCCAAGGGCAGUUGUCUGCUUCAGUUAAGCUCAAGACCUGCUAACAAUUAAAUUCUAUUAAAUUCUAUUUAUUGAGUAUUUAUAUCUGUGGAUAGUAUACUGUAGUGCUUACUGGGGAGGCUAUGAAAAGUUCUUGGAGAUGCUAUAACUCAAUAACUUUGGGUCCUAUAGACAGGAUACCAACAACUACCUCCCCAGAAAGACUCCCAGGGUUUAGGGAGCUGACAUGCCAAUUUACAGAGGAAUCCUAGAUUGGCCUUCAGCAGACACUAAGAUAAAAUGUCAGUAACUUUUCACAUAAUAUUUUGCUACCUGCACUAUUCCGUCAGACCUUGCUCAGAAUUCAGAAGCUUGGGAUGCUUGGGUGGCUCAGCAGUUGAGCAUCUGCCUUCAACUCAGGGCACGAUCCCGGGGUCCCAGGAUCGAGUCCCACAUCAGGCUCCCUGCAGGGAGCCUGCUUCCCCCUCUGCCUAUGUCUCUGCCUCUCUCUCUCUCUCUCUGUGUGUGUGUGUCUUUCAUGAAUAAAUAAAAUCCUAAAAAAAAAAAAAGAACUCAGAAGCUCCUGUGAAAAGAGUCUCAGUGUAGGGAGUCUCAUUGGUUGGGAAACUCAUCUAUUAUGCAUAGUUAUUGUUUUUAAAAUAAGGUUAAUUCUAGCAUGUUUCUAUAUCAAUCAUCUUUCAGAGUUUCAGCAUUUUUGCUGAACAUCUUAAGGUGAGAAAGAACCACACAAGCUACAUUUCAAUAGUUAGGAGAAAUUAAUGCUAAUACAUGCCUUCAAUGGGAUUCACUUUGGUAUCCUGAACACUCUCUUCCAUCAAUAUGGAAAAUCCCCAGAAGUAUGUAUUGUGGAUUUUUCUCUGUAAAGAGAUGCAAAUGGUUACAAUAAAUUGUAUGAUUUCCUCUGAGUCUUUCAAAGUUCUGUUUUCUCUGUAUCUCAAGGUAAACAUCCCUGCUUUGCAGAUCUAGGAGUCAAGACAACAUGGAUUCAUUUCCUCGCUUUCCUCAGUGAAACACAGACCUCCUUGUCUCAGACCACUGCUCUCCUUGAAAGCACAGGAAAAACUUAUGGCAUUUUAAGACAGAGGAGAAAGCAGAUACAAUUUUCUGGUCCAGUGCUUGUUUUCUGUGUCUUUCACAUGGAAUCUUUAAGAUCUUAGAUGAAAUUUAAUGAUCCUUACAUGUUAACUUUGCUUUCUUUCAACCUCUUGAAGAAACAAACAAACAAAAAACAUGGAAAAACACUCAACUAUUUACUUGUGAAACUCUAUGGCUCGGGUCAUAAAAUACAAUCUGGGCAAAGCCAAACAAGGCACUAGAGGGUUGAGAGGCAAGGAGAAUGUUAUGCAUUGGAUUUAAGAUUUUGAAAUGCCCUGUUUCAAUGGCUUGCCGUUUAUCUUCAUGUAGAGGGUCAACACUGGCCUGUCAUUUCUAAUAGGUAUUUUGCUCUCGAGGAAGACUUCUCUGACUGAUCACAAACAGGAAUUUUCCAAAGAAACUCUUCCACAAAACGAGAUCAAUGAGAAGCACCCUAUUUUUAACAAAUGUUAAAAUUUUCAGUUUUAAUUUUUAUGUCACCUAAGUAUAUACCCACCUCCUGAGAGCAUCUCUUUAUUUCUUUAUAGGAAGAUUUAAAUAAGCAAUCUGUUUCCUUUUUAAGUAUUUUUGGAUUGACAAUAAUACUUCUCUCACUUGUAUUUUAGUCUUGAUGAUUAAACAGUAAAAAAGCUAAUUAGCAGCA